AUGGAUAACUCAAAGAGCGCCAAACAGGAAUGUCAUCUCUGUCAAAGGCGAGACAAAAUUUCCGAGGCAACACAAUGGUGUCGAGAUUGCAUGGAAGCGUUGUGUGAGGAAUGCUUGCAGCUUCACGGUUUUAUGAAACUGUUUGUUGAUCAUAGAGUUGUUCGAAUUGAUGAAAUGAAUUUCCCAUCAAUCGUAGAGGAGCCUGAUUUAAGUAUGAUAUCCGAUUCAUGCCCAGUCCACACGUCGAAAGUUUUGGAAGCUUUCUGUUUUGACCAUCAACAACUUUGUUGUAUUCUUUGCAUAACUUUACAUCAUAGAAAAUGCGAACACGUGCAAGCUAUUGAAGAAAUGCAAAACCUUAAAAAUGACAAAAUAAGCGUGCUCUUGUCUGAAGUAAACGAUAUUAAAGCGAAAGUUGAAAAGGUAAUGAAAGAAAAGAAUGAUGAAAAAGAAAAAAAUGACACUUCUUUUACAGAAAUUGAAGCAGAAGCUAACCAAUUUAUUUUAUCACUCAAAGAUCAGCUAGACAGCCUGUUGGCUGCAUUUAUUAAGAAAUUGGGCAUAACUCGUGAGGAAUCAGAAAAUGCUUUCCAGAACAAAGUGAAAACCUUUGAAAAACUUUCAAAUUAUUUUGAAAAGUUACAUUGUACAACAAAAACUGUUGAGGAACAUGGCACAUUAAACCAAAUGUUUAUUCAUUUUGAAAAAUCAAAAGCCGAAUUAAAGUCAGUGUUGACAGAAGCAAGUUCAGUUAUGAAUACAAGUUCUAUAUCUGAAGCUAGAUUAGUUAAAAAUGCUAAACUAGAUGGUUUCAAUAUAUUUGGAGGCGUUUUUGCGUCAGAUGAAGUAAUUGUCGUAGGCAGCAAAUGUGAAGAAUCAAUUGGGAAAUUAAAGGCUAUUAAUAUCUUGAACGAAAGAAUUGUUGACGAACAUACUUUUUCAACAGUUGUUAAACGACUAGCAUUUGAUUUCGAAUCCGAAUCCCUGUUUGUAUCAUGCUACGGAUCAAAGUUGAGUCGUUUAAAAUUUGUCGAUGCAUUUAAUUCUGAAAUGAAAAUUAAAGAUAACAAUCAUAGAAAUGGAGGUAUUUGCAUAUCUGAUGGAGUUUUAUAUGUCAUCGUCAAUAAAACUGUAAAGAAAAUAAGCUUAGAAAAUCUACAACAGCCAUUAGAGAUGUGUUUUCAAACUAAUACAGAUUGUUAUCACCUCAACGGACUUGAAAUUGAUUCCAAGAACAAUCGUCUUCUGUACACAUCAGAAAAUUAUGAAGUAGUGUGUACAUCGUUUGACGGUAGCGAAAUAUUCAAGUACAAAGACGAGUAUAUGAAGAAAACUACUAGUUUAUGUGUUCAUUUAACAGGAAUUAUACUUAUAGGAGAUGAAUCUGGACAGGUGCAUCUAAUAUCAGAAGACGGGGAACGAAGACGAACCGUUUUGAAUAGCUGUGACAAAUUGAAAACUGUUCGUGAUCUUUGCCUUGACAAGUCCUGUACACGUUUGGCUGUUGUUGGACCCGGUCAUAUAGAACUUUAUGACGUACGUGCUGGAAGUGGAUAG